UGCGUGCGUACGUGCGUCGCUGCGUGCGUGCGUGCGUGCCGUGCGCUCGCCGGGCACCGCGGCCUCGCCCUCGCCCUCCGCCCCUGCGCCUGUACCGCGUAGGCCAACCCCCCCGCGCGCGCCCGCAACGACCCCCGCCCGCGCCCCGGCCGGCCCCCCCCUUCCAAAUUUAAAGGGGGCGCAGCAUUAACGCCUCCCGCCUCAGGUGACCUCCCAGGGGUCUCCCCGCCAGAGGUGCCCCGCUGCUGAAGAACAUGGCGAAGGUGGAGCAGGUCCUGAGCCUCGAGCCGCAGCACGAGCUCAAAUUCCGAGGUCCCUUCACUGACGUUGUCACCACCAACCUAAAGCUUGGCAACCCGACAGACCGGAACGUGUGUUUUAAAGUGAAGACCACGGCGCCACGUAGAUACUGCGUGAGGCCCAACAGCGGGAUCAUCGAUGCAGGGGCUGCGAUCAAUGUGUCUGUGAUGUUACAGCCUUUCGAUUAUGAUCCCAAUGAGAAAAGUAAACACAAGUUUAUGGUUCAGUCUAUGUUUGCUCCAACUGACACUUCUGAUAUGGAAGCAGUAUGGAAGGAGGCAAAACCGGAAGACCUUAUGGAUUCAAAACUUAGAUGUGUGUUUGAAUUGCCAGCAGAAAAUGAUAAACCACAUGAUGUAGAAAUAAAUAAAAUUAUAUCCACAACUGCAUCAAAGACAGAAACACCAACGGUGUCUAAAUCUCUGAGCUCUUCUUUGGAUGACACUGAAGUGAAGAAGGUGAUGGAAGAAUGUAAGAGGCUGCAGGGUGAGCUCCAGAGGCUACGGGAGGAGAACAAGCAGUUCAAGGAAGAAGAUGGACUUCGGAUGAGGAAGACGGCGCAGAGCAACAGCCCUGGCCCUGCGCUGGCCGUGGCCGGCAAGGAGGAGGGCCUGAGCAGCCGGCUCCUGGCGCUGGUGGUCCUGUUCUUCAUCGUCGGGGUGGUCAUAGGGAAGAUCGCCUUGUAGAGGCCGCGCAGACGGUGGCCGGUCGGCCGGGUGACGCCCGCCAUGUCGUGGGAUUUAAAUUUAUCAUAACCGUGUACACAAAGAAAUUAAUGUAUGAUGACAUCUCACAGGUCUUGCCUUUAAAUUACCCUCCCUGCGCGUGCGAGUGCGUGCGCACACACGAAUAUAACCUAAUAUAACGAUCUCUUAGAAAGUUACAAAUGAGUAGUAAAUGAUUGGGGGAGAAGAAUGAUCUCUAUUAAUGACAAGGGGAACCAUGAUUAAGUGAUAAUGGCAUGUUGUAAAUGUCAUUGUAAACAUUCGUAGUCUCGGUACAUGUUGCUGGAUCACCUCUCCUAACACACGACACUUCCUUGCCUGUUGGCGCUGCCCUUGGAGCGGGAGCCCAGCGUGCCGGGGAGUGCCGGCACCUCCACGUAGUAACCCCACGCGGCCCACUCACUCCCAGGCUGCUCUCCACGCUCUGCCCAGGCCAUCAGUUCCCAGGCACUGAUGGACGGAGUCCGGAGCAGGAAAGAACUGGGCUGUGGCAGCAUCUGAUGUGCUUGUCAAGAGUGGGAGGCGAUAUUGACUGACUGGCCCGACACUUUGGAAAUAAAAGUCAUGCUUUGUUCUCUUUAAGGGACCAAGCUAAAUUACUAUUGGCUCAUGUAGUGAGGCUGAACUGUUAUUCAGAGAUGUUUAAUGCAUAUUUAACUUAUUUAAUGUAUUUCAUCUCAUGUUUUCUUACUGUCACGAGAUUAUAAUUAAUGCUGUGGCCUAAAAAUCCCCUGUGCUACCUGAGGCCGGUGGGUGAGGCUGGCAUUGCUGCUGGGGGGCCGCGGGCUCCUCUGUCCGGAGGCUCUGGGCUCUGCAUACAGAUGGAGGUGUGGUUUAUUGGAAUGUUGGAGAACAGCUGCCAGGAAGCAUUUUCUGUGUAAAUAAAUAACAGCUACCAUAGGGAGGGACAUUUUUAGUAGCGACAGUCAACUCUGCAUUACCCUUUGUGUUGUUUCUUCACUGCCCGCCCCCCAACUUCCAGCACAUACGGCCCGAGUCUGGUCCUGACCUUUCCGAUGUGGCCCUAGCUUGGGGUCAGGGCGAGUGAGUCAGGUGGCAGAGUGGUCGAGGGGGAACCAGCCGGGUGGGGGUGGGGAGGGCAUCGAGAGACUCCUCAGAUAAUCCGUCCACUCGUAAUUGAGAGUUUGACUGUGAAUUAAUUUUAUGAUGUAAAAGGCCAAUCCAAUUAUGUUUGACUAUUGUAGCAUCUUAAAAAGGAAAAGAUUAAAAUAAAGCCCCCAAAUUAAGA